ACCAUGUCUAUGUUUUUUACGCGCUUCUUUUUCUUCAUAAAUUGAGCAAAGCAGUAAAGCCGUAAAGUUAAAGCAGUGGUUUUGUUAAAUGGCUGAUUGUUGGUAGUGUCGAAGUGUCGGAAAAUGGCAAAUUUAAAUUUAGAUAAAGAAACUUUUCAUCGCCGAUUAAAAAAGUUAUACAACGCAUGGCAAAAUUCCGAAGGCGAAAAUGGAUUUUCUAAAAUGGAUGCACUGGUCACCUCCGUCGGAAAAGACGACGAAAUCGUCUACAGCAAAUCCGGCGCCUUGCAAACAUGGCUUUUGGGCUACGAACUCACCGACACUAUCAUGGUCUUUACCGAGAAAAAAACGUAUUUCCUAGCCAGCAAGAAGAAAAUCGACUUUCUUCGCCAAGCCGACUCCAAAGACGAAUCUCACGUACAGCUGGGUCUCCUCGUGAGGGACAAAGACAGCGAUGCAGCCAAAUUCGAAAUAUUAUGCAAAGCCAUAAAGGAGAGCAAGAAUGGUAAAACUAUAGGUGUAUUUGCCAAAGAAAACUAUACAGGGCCUUUGGUAGAGAGUUGGAAAGCUGCCCUCAAGAAGAAUGAGUUCGAGAACAUCGAUAUGAGCUCGCAGAUGGGCUACCUCAUGAGCCCCAAGGAAGACUCCGAGAUUAUCACCAUCAAGAAAGCCUGCAUGGUCACAGUUGAUGUGUUCACGAAAUACCUGAAGGAUCAGAUAAUGGAGAUUAUUGAUUCGGAAAAGAAGGUAAAACACAGCAAGCUGGCGGAAGGUGUGGAGUCUGCAAUCAACGAUAAGAAGUAUGUAUCAGGUAUAGACAUUAACCAAGUAGACAUGUGCUACCCGGCUAUAAUUCAAUCCGGAGGUAAUUACAGUUUGAAAUUCAGUGUUGUAAGUGAUAAAAACAAUCUGCACUUUGGUGCAAUAAUAUGUUCACUGGGAGCUAGGUACAAAUCCUACUGCUCCAAUAUCGUUAGAACUCUGCUCGUAAAUCCCACCGAGACAAUUCAAAAUAAUUACAAUUUUCUUCUCAACGUCGAGGAGGAAGUACUUAAAAAGCUCCAAAAUGGCGUCAAACUUUCGGACGUAUACGAAGCAGGCUUCGGAUACAUAAAGAAAGAAAAGCCAGAACUCGUGGAGCAUGUGACAAAGAAUUUUGGUUUCGCGAUGGGUAUCGAAUUCAAGGAGAGCUCAUUGAUGAUUGGGCCUAAAAGUACCGCGAAAGCCAAAAAGGGCAUGGUAUUCAAUCUCAACAUAGGCUUCGGUAACUUGCAGAACAAGGAAGCCUCCGAGAAAGAAGGUAAAGUGUACGCCCUCUUCAUAGGUGACACCGUUAUAGUGAACGAAGACCAACCUGCUUCUGUGCUGACAGUAUCUAAGAAGAAAAUGAAAAACAUCGGUAUCUUCCUCAAAGAUGAUUCAGAGGAGGAGGAGGAUGAUGAGGAAAAGGAAAACACUCCAAAGAAGACUGAAGUCCUCGGCAGGGGCAAGAGGUCUGCAGUGUUAGAUUCUAAACUACGCACAGAGCAUAGUACAGAAGAAAAGCGCAAGGAGCAUCAGAAGGAAUUGGCAACGUUGUUGAACGAGAAGGCGAAAGAACGUUUGGCGAAGCAGUCCGGUGGAAAGGAUAAGGAAAAAGUUAGGAAGAAUACGGUGUCAUAUAAAAGUGUGAACCAACUGCCGAAAGUACCUGAAGUCAAGGAGCUGAAGUUGUAUGUAGACCAAAAGUAUGAGACUGUGAUUUUACCUGUGUACGGAAUUGCUGUGCCUUUCCAUAUUUCUACCAUCAAGAAUAUUUCCCAGUCUGUGGAAGGGGAUUACACUUACCUGCGUAUUAACUUUUUCCAUCCAGGAUCUGCUAUGGGAAAGGGAGAGGGAGGAAACUGGUCUCAACCAGAAGCGACCUUCGUCAAGGAAGUGACCUACAGAAGCUUGAACACGAAAGUACCCGGAGAAGUAACGGCCCCCUCUUCCAAUUUGAACACCGCCUUCCGCCUCAUCAAAGAAGUUCAAAGGAAAUUCAAAACGAGGGAAGCGGAAGAAAAGGAAAAGGAAGACUUGGUCAAGCAGGACACCUUGGUCCUGUCCCAAAACAAGGGUAAUCCCAAGCUGAAGGAUCUCUACAUCAGGCCUAACAUUGUGUCGAAACGUAUGACUGGCUCCCUGGAGGCCCAUUCAAAUGGUUUUAGGAACAGGGUGGAGUCUAUGACAAAACAAGAAAUUGAAUUCGACACACCCUUCCGAGAACUUGGUUUUCCUGGAGCCCCGUUCCGUUCCACAGUUCUCCUUCAACCCACCUCUGGUUGUUUGGUAAACCUUACCGAAUGGCCUCCGUUCGUCAUUACUUUGGAAGACGUGGAGUUGGUACAUUUCGAACGUGUCCAGUUCCAUUUGAAGAAUUUCGAUAUGGUGUUCGUUUUUAAGGAUUACCACAGGAAAACUUCCAUGGUUAACGCCAUUCCGAUGAAUAUGCUAGAUCACGUCAAGGAGUGGUUGAAUUCUUGUGAUAUCAGGUAUUCGGAAGGUGUGCAGUCCUUGAACUGGGUAAAAAUCAUGAAAACCAUAACGGACGAUCCGGAAGGAUUCUUCGACAGCGGUGGCUGGACUUUCUUGGAUCCCGAAUCGGACGAAGAAGAUGCACAAGAAGAGGAUUCCGAGGAAGAAGACGAGGCCUACCAGCCUUCGGAUGCAGGCGAAGAGGGCUCCGAAUGGAGCGAGGAAGACUCCGAAUACUCCGAGGGGGACACCGAGGAUGAUAGCGGGUCAGAGGAAGAUUUAGGUUCUGAGGAAGAAUCUGGUAAAGACUGGUCGGACUUAGAAAGGGAGGCCGCGGAAGAAGACAGAGAACGCGCGUAUACGGGCGACGAUGAUAAAUACGCUUCCUCCAAAAAUAGGCACAAAAGUUCCUCCAGUUCUAAAGACAAGGAUAGAGGAAAGUCCAACUCGAGCCACAAGAGUUCGAGUAAACAGUCUUCGUCUAGCAAGCAUUCCUCUCCGAACAAGCACAGUUCUCGAGACAAAGACAAAGACCGCCACAAGAGCAGCAGUGACCGAGACAGAGACCGGCACUCUUCCUCCAAGCACAAGUCGUCCAAGAGUUCCCUUGACAGAAGUUCCGACAAGGACAGGAGUAGGAGUUCCCAUUCUAGCUCUCACAAGAAGCGCAGUAGGGAUGAUAGUAAGGAUCGACAUCAUUCAAAGAAAUCCAAAAAGUAGAUAUGUAGUUAAUUGUUAUGAUUAACGCGCUGUUACUUUAAGUUUCUGAUAUUUUUCACUCCCUGUGUGUACAGUGUAUGUUUUGAUAUAUAUUUUUUAAGCAGUAUGUAUUGUCUUUACUUCAAGAAUCUGGUAUUAAACUGUGAAGAAUUUGUCA